UGUGUGUGUGUGUGUGUGUGCGUGUGUGUGUGUGUGUGUGUGUAUAUAAGCUGUUGGACUUUAGUUCAGCAGGUUUUGGUUUCACGAUGAACUCCUUGGCUUCGUUUCUCCUUCUGUUGUUCUGUUUGUCUCCGUCCGUCAGUUGGGGUCAGGUUGAGGCUUCUGUCCCCCAGGACGACAACGUCAAGAUGGGGCCCAGCGUCCUUCCUGAGCUCCCUGUCCUCUGGGACGAGCUGUGGGGUUUAAAGGAGCUGGUCCUAAGCCUGAAGGCGGUGGAGGUGGAUCAGCUUCAGGCCCUGCGGAGCAUGGAGAGCCGGUUCAGGGAUGGAGAGGUGGAGGCCGAGUGGCAGAGGCGACGCCUGGACGGAUUGGAGGAGACGGUGAAGGACACGCAGGUGAGGAUGGACACCGAGGGGAAGCUGCUGAUGGAGCUGAACUCAGACCUGAGGAGGAGGGUGGAGGAGCUGGAGGACCAGAGCAAAGCUGAAGUGUUGACGCUUCAGUUCAGACUGAACACCAGCGAACGCUCGAUGGACGACCUGAAGGAGAAGAACGCAGCGCUGGCAGCAGAGCUCCCGUUCCUGCAGACGAGACUUAGGGCCAGCGAGAGCAUGGUGGAGCAGCUGAGGAGGAAGAGUGCAGUGCUGGCAGUCCGACUGUGUCACGCUGAGAGUGUGAUGGAGGAACUGAUGAAGCAGACCUCAGCGCUCUCCGCCUCCAACAGUUCGUCUUUGUCUGAACAUCGUCUGGACGAGCUCAGCACAGGAACACCAGAUCAGCUCUCAGAGAUCAGCAGCAGAUUAAACUUCAGUCAGCUUCACCUGGAUGAGCUCAAGAGAGACUCUGCAGAUCAAACGGGUCGACUGACGUCUGCAGAGAGACGAUUGGACGAGCUGGAGACAGAAAACUCAGCUCUGGAGGUCAGACUGAGAUCUACAGAGACACAUCUGGAACAGCUGGAGAAUCACACUGCAGAUCUGGAGUUCAGACUGAGAGUCAGCGAGAAACAGCUGGAAGAUGUGCAGACAGGAAACACAGUACAGUCUGUUCAACUUUCCUCGAUGGAGUCCAGACUGACAGACAGACACAACAACACUACAGCUCUGGAGGUCAGACUGAGAUCUACAGAGACACAUCUGGAACAGCUGGAGAAUCACACUGCAGAUCUGGAGUUCAGACUGAGAGUCAGCGAGAAACAGCUGGAAGAUGUGCAGACAGGAAACACAGGUGAGCCGAAGGUGGCGUUCUCCGCUGGUCUGACUGAUUCAGGAUCAGUUGGACCGUUUGAUGAGGAGACAACUCUGAUCUUCUCCAAAAGCAUCACCAACAUCGGCCGAGCCUAUGACCAGACGUCAGGUGUGUUCACGGCUCCCGUCAGAGGACUUUACUUCUUCAGCUUCACGGCUGCAGACUUCCUCAAGGGUUACAUGGGUGUCUACCUGUACAGGAACAACCAGCCAAUCGUCUUCAACCUGGACCUGAACGACCACGGUGGCUACGCCUCCACGUCCAACAGUGUGGCUCUGCAGCUGGAGGAGGGUGACGGAGUCCGCCUCAGCCUGCCAGCCAGCUACCGACUCUACGACGACUCUCGAAAUUUCACCGUUUUCUCCGGCUUCCUGCUGUUCCCCCUCUGACCGGACCGACCCCGGACCAGAGCCAGGACCAGAUUGAGACAAUAAACUAAACUUUUAGUUAUCAGACUGGAACUAAGAGUGGACUUUUGUUUUGGUAGGGAGAGUGAACGAACGUUAAUAAACAUGAAUUAAUUUUAAUAUUUAAAGCGAAAACAUCAAAUUAGAGUAAUUCGUUCAUAAAAACAGUGACGACACAUCUGCAGUGUUAUGAUCAUUACAUGUAAUCAGUCUGUUUGCUCUUGUCCAAUCAGAGCAGCUGACCAAUCAGUGAACACAGACCGUCGGAUGAGAAACUCAUAUCAGUGAUCAGGACGUCCAUGAUGAAGAAGAUCAAACAAACCAAUCAGCUUCUAGAAACUGUUAAAAACUCAAAACGAGUUUUAUUAAAUUUUGACCAAAAAACAUGAAAACAUGUCAAACUGAACUUUCUGACAAAGUCAGUGUUACAGGAAACUGUUAGAAACAAGCAGAGCUCCUCAAGGAGUUCCUCCAACAACAGUUAUAAAAAUGUCCAUCAGAAAAACAGGCGGUCAGUAGUUCAGCUGGAAAUAAAUACAAACACGACACUUGAACUCAUCAUGACGCUUCAAGUUUACAUCAAAUCAAACAUCUUGUAUUGCUCCUUUAAAACACCUCUACAGGCUAACGCUAACAUUUCUACAAUAAUCAGAGAUCAACAAUCAAAGAUCAAUUAUCAAAGAUCAAUAAUCAAAGAUCAUUAAUCAGAGAUCAAUUAUCAAAGAUCAUUAAUCAAAGAUCAAUUAUCAAAGAUCAUUAAUCAGAGAUCAAUAAUCAAAGAUCAUUAAUCAGAGAUCAAUUA